CCGAUUGGCUUAGGUUCACCAUCACACCACCCCCUCAGGCUCCCGGCGGAAGCACGGGGUGCCAGACUGUCGACACCACACGAGUGAUUGUUUGCAGCACUCAGAAAGGAUUCCAUGGCAUUGUACAACUGGCUGUUUGUUCUACAAGGGAGUUUCACAUCCCCUGAAGCAUUGCUUUAAUAACUGCUGGAAGUGGGAUGCUUGACUGGAUGGACAACUAGUCUGAGCUGAAGAUCUCCCCAGGAACAGAUCGGACAGCCUGCCUGCUUUCGAUAUAGGAAGUCAAACGUUCUGUAACAUACAGAGUCCCAGUCUGUGACUAUCUCUCUGUCUUUGAGGUGAUUCCAUUUGUGCUCCAGCAUCAUUGAUGAUGGCAGUCCUACCCUGGGAGUAGGAUUUCAUUACCAACAUCUAAACUGGAGAAAGCAAAAGCAGUGAAGACCUGGGAGCAAGUGAGAAGUUUGUCCUGUUAAUCAUGUUGCUGCCUCCUCUGAGCAUCCUGUUGGGAUUGGCUGCCUGCUGUUCAUCCUUAGAUAAUGGUUUACUGAGGACUCCACCAAUGGGAUGGCUGCCUUGGGAACGUUUUAGAUGCAAUACCGAUUGUAAAACUGAUCCUGGAAACUGCAUCAGUGAGUAUUUGAUCAAAAGUAUGGCAGACAAGAUGGCAGAAGAUGGAUGGAAGGAGCUGGGUUAUGAAUAUGUGAACCUUGAUGACUGCUGGUCUGCAAAGGAAAGGGAUUCCCAGGGCAGGCUUCAGCCAGACCCAGACAGGUUUCCAAGUGGAAUUAAAGCCCUUGCUGAUUAUAUACAUUCAAAAGGGCUGAAAUUUGGAAUUUAUAGUGACAUGGGUAACUACACCUGCAAAGGUUACCCUGGGACCACACUGGACACCAUUGAUACAGAUGCCAAAACAUUUGCAGAAUGGGAAGUUGACAUGCUGAAGCUUGAUGGCUGCUAUUCCAACUCAUCUGUUAAAGCAAUAGGCUACCCAAAGAUGAGCAUUGCUCUGAAUAAAACAGGAAGACCUAUCGCUUACUCAUGUAGCUGGCCAGCCUAUGAAGGAGGGCUUCCCCCAAAGAUAAAUUAUACCGUACUUGGUGACAUUUGUAACCUCUGGAGAAAUUUUGGUGACAUCCAGGAUUCCUGGGAGAGUGUUCUAAAUAUUAUUGAGUGGUAUGGAAAUAACCAGGAUAAUCUGCAACCUGCAGCUGGCCCAGGAAGAUGGAAUGAUCCAGAUAUGCUGAUUAUUGGUAACUUUGGCCUGAGUUAUGAGCAGUCAAAAGUGCAGAUGGCAUUGUGGGCAAUCCUGGCAGCCCCUCUCUUUAUGUCCAGUGAUUUAAGGACAAUCUCUGAGGAUGCCAAGCAAAUCUUGCAAAACAAGCUGUUGAUUUAUAUAAACCAAGAUUCUCUGGGGAUUCAGGGACAGCGCAUUAUGCAG